AUUCAUAGUAUACAUGUCCGUGUGCAGUUUGCCUCACUGUGCAUGUUUGACGUGACAGUGUCAGAACGGUAGCGCGCAAGAUUUCAUCGCGUUUGGCGUUGGAAAGUUUUUUGACAGCGGGUUUCCAGACCACCCCCCCUUUCUCCCCAGUGGAUUGAUUCAUAUUGCAGGAAAUCCCCUGCAUCAUCUUCUCCUGUGUGUGUUUGUGGUUCGGUAUAUGAUGAAGAUCUCAUCAUAAGGAGCCGGGCAUCAUGAGCACCCACCAGGGCUUGGAAACCUGGAGGCUCAUGGGCGCGCUGCGCGCUUUUGCGCUUCUGUUAGUGGCACUUAUAUCUGACAGCUCCAGUCAUCAAUCACCCGACGGGAGGCGAUUGAAAAGUACGCUCACCAAACUGGAGCAUUAUCACACUAUGGUACCACUACUGCUGGAGGGAACAAAGCAACGACCAAUCAGCUGGCUCCGCUCCAGGAUUCCACCCACUUCACUGCGCAUCCUGAUCCAAACAGAAGGACAGCGAUUGGUUUUGUCUGUGGAGAAGAACCACGGCCUGUUUGCAAGCCAUUACACUGAAACGCACUACAAGGGGGAUGGACAAACUAUUACGACCACUCACAACUCUACGAGGAAUUGCUAUUACCAUGGCGAGGUCCAAGGGCACUGGUUUUCUGAUGUCAGCCUCAGUACAUGCUCUGGGAUCAGAGGUUUCAUCUUACUUGAAAAUACAACACUGAUGGUGGAACCAGCUUUUGAUCCAGCAAACGACACGCAUGUGAUCUACGAAGGACAGCACCUACACUCGCCUUCUGGAACCUGCGGCCAUGGACACAACAUAUCUACUGUCAGCCAUACCAGCGUUGGAGGACUUCCACAAUCACUAAAUACAAGGCACAAGAGGGACGUUCAGAAGACCACCAAAUAUGUAGAACUCAUCAUUGUAGCAGACAACAGAGAGUUUCAGAAACAAGGAAAAAAUGUGGAGAAGGUCAAGCAGAGGCUAGCUGAGAUCGCCAAUUACGUAGACAAGUUUUAUAGGGUGCUUAAUAUUCGUGUAGCUCUUGUGGGAUUGGAAGUAUGGAGUGAUGCUGAUAAGUGUGCUGUGACCCAAGACCCCUUCACAACCCUGCAUGAGUUUCUGGACUGGAGAAAAUUUAAACUGCUGCCACAGCGGCCUCAUGAUAACGCUCAACUUAUUAGUGGUGUUUACUUCCAGGGUACCACAAUAGGCAUGGCUCCCAUCAUGAGUAUGUGUACAGCAGAGCAGUCAGGAGGCAUCGUCAUGGAUCACUCCGACAAUCCUUUGGGAGCUGCUGUGACUUUGGCCCAUGAGUUGGGCCACAACUUCGGAAUGAACCACGACACUCCAGAGCGCGGGUGCGGCUGUAGGAUGACUGUAGAUCGCGGAGGCUGCAUUAUGACUCCAUCUACAGGGUACCCAUUCCCCACAGUGUUCAGUACCUGUAGUAAGAAGGAUCUGGUGGCGAGUCUGGAGAAGGGGGUGGGCAUGUGUUUAUAUAAUAUGCCGGAAGUCAAAAUGCUCUACGGGGGACAGAAAUGUGGUAAUGGAUACAUAGAGGAAGGAGAGGAGUGCGACUGCGGAGAGCCGGAGGAGUGCAUGAACCCCUGCUGUAACGCAACAACCUGCACUCUCAAAGGAGAUGCUGUGUGCGCUCAUGGACAAUGCUGUGAAGACUGCCAGCUAAAACCAGCUGGAACACAGUGUAGAGACGCCAGUAAUUCCUGUGACUUACCCGAGUUCUGCACCGGCACCAGCCCCCACUGCCCCGCUAAUGUGUACCUGCACGAUGGGCAUGCGUGCCACAAUGUGGACGGUUACUGCUACAAUGGCAUCUGUCAGACUCAUGAGCAACAGUGCAUCACCCUCUGGGGACCAGGAGCGAAACCCGCCCCGGGAAUCUGUUUUGAAAGAGUAAACUCGGCAGGUGAUCCCUAUGGGAAUUGUGGGAAAGACUCCAAAGGCUCUUUUGCUAAAUGUGAUGCAAGAGAUGCUAGGUGUGGAAAAAUUCAGUGCCAAGGGGGUGCCAACAGGCCGGUUAUUGGGACCAAUGCUGUUUCCAUAGAGACCAACAUCCCUCUGCAAGAGGGUGGGCGAAUUUUGUGCCGCGGAACGCACGUAUACCUGGGUGACGAUAUGCCUGAUCCGGGACUGGUAUUGGCGGGCACUAAAUGUGCUGAGGGCAUGAUCUGUUUAAACAGACAGUGUCAGAACGUCAGUGUGUUUGGAGUGCACAAGUGCUCGGGGAAGUGUAAUGGAAAAGGAGAAUGCAACAACAAGAAGAACUGUCAUUGUGAAGCUCACUGGGCACCUCCAUUCUGUGACAGGGCGGGGUUUGGUGGCAGCGUGGACAGUGGACCAAUGAGACAAGCUGAUGUGCGAGUUUGUGUAUUAAUGUGCGUGCUGUCGUAUGUGACAACAGCUGACAGCAGCGCUGUGGUCGUGGGCGCGCUGGUCACCCUCAUCUGCUUGCUGUCGACGGGGCUGAUCGUGUGCCUCAGGAGAAAGGCACUGCUUCAGAUGUUCUGCAUCAAUAAGAAGAGUGCGAUUCAAAAGCUCAGAUCCGUUGGGCGAAAGCAAGCACCCAGCGGCCCACAAACUCAAUCGAUCUUCAAGGUCUCACCUCAGCACCUCAAGCCCCUCUCAUUACCUCUACACUCCAGAAGUAACAAUUCAUCUCACCCCAGUUCAGAACCUCUCCUGCCUCCCAACAACUUCCACAGUUUGCGUCGGCUACAUGAAUGCCCCUCCAGGUGCCACCCGGUCCAUAUCAGUCACCCAAUGCCCAUCACACUGGAUGUUGGCAUGGCGACAGGCCUGCAGACUCUACCCUCCGUCCCGCCUCACAGGACUCUGCUCGCACACACACAGUCCCCGGGCAGAUCAGCAGGCUUUCACACACUUCCACGCCAGCUCCCUUACACAAACCAUCAGGACCAUAAUAAACCCAGCCCCCCACAAAAGCCACUUCCUGCAGACCCUCUGGUCAGAAACAACUGCGUGGGUCAAAGCAUUUCCAGAAUAGGAGUUCGGAUACCAGGCCCUAGACCUCUGCCUAUUCCGAUUCCAACAGUGCCAAGACCCCCUUCCAUACCACUGCCAAACAGACCUCUUCCAAGAUUACCACAGCCCAACUAUGAUCACUGACACAUGGACACCCGUGACACUGAUGGUGAAUUUUUACCAGCAUCUUAACACUUUGUUUGCACUAUAAAAACUGUUGGACUAAAUGACCACCCCUGCAGAACUAAAUUAAGGGUCUCACUGAGAAGAGGGCUGACUUGACACCCUGGUGCUUUGCCUCCUCGAAAAAGGUGUUUAUUUGUCCUCAGGUACUGCAGAACUAUUUAAGAUGUAUAUUUAUUGUGACGAGAAAAAUAUUGUACUGUUUUUGACACUUUUUUACUAUAGGAUUAUUGUGACUUUUUAUUACAUGUUUUGCUUGUUUUUAAAAUAGGAAAAAGGGAACAUAUGCUUUCCAUCACGUUUUUAUUUGUUUCAAUUUGUUCGUACGUUGUUGGUGUUUAAAGAUUAAAACAAGACCUGUUUCAAAUUGACAAAGCUUGUCUGUGAUAUUGGAGUAUGAGCAACAUACAAUCUAAAUGAUGAAAGUACAGCUCCAGUUCUGUAAUAAAAUAACACAAUCUGCCACAAUGUGAAAAAAAAAACGUUUAGACAAUUACUUGUAACAAAAUAUCAGGUGAUGAGAGCUAUUUUGUUCAGUCACAGUUCAGUUAGCUUUAAUGUUGUUCAAAAUACCUUGAAAUGGUUGUACAUUUCAUGCUUGCUUGACCAAUGUUCCUCGAUAGUUUUAUCAUCUGGUGAAGCUUGCUAAAGCAAGUAUCGCUAUUACUAUUGCUCAUAUUUGCGGUUAAUGAACUGUUAAUAUUACAAUUUGGUGCUCGGGAGGCAACCAACACCCAAGCAGUGUCAUUAUCUACAGUCAAAACAUUUGUGGGUUGUAGUGUUCACAUACUUUGAGACAUUUAAAGAUCCACAGCAUCUCACAAUAGACCAAUCAGCAUCCAGCAUUCAUCCCAAAUCCCUAAGAACCGACAGCUGUCACACCCAAGUCUUUCCAGCUUUAUGUUGUAUACAUUCUGCGAACAUUUUUUGAUACUUGAGGUAAUCGAUGUUCAAUAUUGUGUAUUUUUGUAUAAUUUCUGACAAGUCAGAAUAGACUACAGCCAUAUAGCCAGUUUUGUUUUAUGUUAUCACUUAAAGUCUUAAAGUACAGAGAAUGUAUUAAAUAAGAUUACUGUUGUGUAUUGUCACAAAAAUGAAGUCUUUUAAAUAUUCAUAAACUUACGAACUCUGCUUGGUACUUUACUCUGUAGGGAACAUUACACCACCAAAUUUUCACUUCAGUUUUUCCACAUAUGGUAAUACUGUACUUUAUUUUCCAGUGUUUUUGCUGUAGCACUGUAA